UGUGUGUCCUCUGCGAGCAGUGAUUGAACCGCGGGCGUUGCCAUGGCUACACGAAGACCCAAUGAGAAGCUCGCGGUAGACUGUUGCUGAAUGAAAAUAACAGAGGCCAUUUUGCGCACGAAGCCACGGCAUCAUUCAACAAUAAUAAAAACGGAAACGGGGAGGCAGGUUCAGUCCAUUUCUGGAUAGACGCGAGUGCUUUUUAGAGCCAGCAGAGUGGUGUGGGGCCGCGGUGCCACUGGCGCUUGUAGUCAAGAAAAAAAAAAAAAAAAGGCAUGCGGUAACUAAUUGUGCCGCCGCGUCGUCACCUCUCUUCCCUGGAGGUUUAUGUUGUGAGGUAAGAGGGACAGGACGGCUUCACUGCAUCGCUAUCCCCCCCACCAGCAGUGACCCCCGAGAGAGGGAGUUGCCUUCAGUUAGCUGACCGACACCGGCAACAUCCAUGCGCGUCGAAAAACAGGUGUACGGUUUCAUCACACGCACACCGCGUUAGCUUCCGAGACGCCGUGGCUCGCUGCGUUUUGUGUGUGCACUUUUGCGCUUGUUCGAGUGAGGACUUCAUUCAUUUCACACGGAAGAGGCUGUUUACCUGAUGAGAUGUUGCGGAAUUAAGGGGCAGUCGUUGUAAGGCAUUAAACGGGGAAAGAUCUGGGAAUAAAGCUUGACCGGGAGGAGAGACUUAUCCUGAGCAGAGUGAGGAGGAAUAGAAGAAGAGAAAGAGAAAGGAAAGGUGCUGGUGCACAGAGCUCACCUAUACCUGACUCUUCUUAGCAAGUCUCCAGUCUCUUGAUUUUAUGACGGAAAGUGUGUCUCCCUGCAGUGGAUCAGUAAGAAGUGCUCUUCAAUAUGAAUACAGAUAGCGGAGGAUACGCUCCCAAAAGCGUGGCCUUGUCACUCAUACUCUCUCCCGUGAAGAGGGUCCAGAGCUCACCAAAUCUAGCCACAGGGAGUGAUUCUCACUCGUCAGACUUGGAUUCUUGGCGGUCCCGCAGUGUAACAGAUGGCCUUAAGAAUGGAGACGCCAGCAGCUCGUCUCUUGCUGCCAAAGGCUUCCGCAGUGUCAGACCCAACCUGCAGGACAAGAAGUCACCAACACAGGGGCCUCCGUCCCCCGACCCCUCAGCACAGCGCUCCCACUACCACAGCCACAGCUCAGACUCACUCGACUACCUGUCAGGCCUAAUGCCCAAGACCCUAUCGCCCACCCCGUACGUUCCUAUUGGAGCUGGCGGCACAGCUGGUGCUUUGAGCGGGCCGAGCUUUACCACAUUCAGCGGUGCGAGCAUCGGUGGCUGCAUGUCACCCUCGGCUUCCCCAGUCACAGUGUCUGCUCUCAGCCACUACUCGUCGUCCACGCCGGGUCUGCUGGACGAGCUGCAGAUCUGUAGUCUGGACUCACCUGGCGCCUCACCCACGCCGUCGCCCACCCUCAGCCUUGUUUCUACCUACACAACCACUGCUGGCCCUGAUGAUGUGCUAACAACCUCUGUGGCCUCCACUGCUGCAGCAGCCACUGUCACUAACGGCCAGGUCCUCUCUCACGCUAUGAAUGGAAGUGCUAGCCAUCCACAGAGACCCCUCUCUCCUCCGUCCUAUCCUCCUCCCCCCGCCUCACUCCACACUGGGCUCCCGAGACAGAGCAGGAGCUCGGAGGGCACCGAGUGUAUCACUAGGGAGUCUGUGGUGUCGGGCCACACCAGCGUCAGCAGCACCGUGCCCAUCGCCCGCUUCUCAGAAGAAGAAAAAAGGGUUUCUGUCAUUAAAGCCCCUCAUUAUGAAGGCAUCGGCCCUGUGGACGAGUCUGGCAUCCCUAUCGCCAUCCGCACGACGGUGGAUAGGCCUAAGGAUUGGUAUAAAACUAUGUUCAAACAGAUCCACAAGGUUCACAAAGCAGAUGAUGACUAUUCUGACACAUACAAUGCAACAUAUGCUGUCAUAAACAACGCAGACGACUACAGCCUGUUGUCCACCACCACCAUGGCCCACCCAGCUCCCCGCACACAUACGUACAGGCCACUAUCCAAGAGCCCCUCAGACAACGGAGGGCACCUGGGGCCUCGGGAGCCUUCCCCGUCCCCUGUACCCCCACCACCUCCACCCAUGCCAUCCCUCCUGCAGCUGAGGGCCAGAGAUAGUGAACGCGAAAAGGACUCCCCAGACAUGAAUGAAUGGGGUCCCCCCGACAGGAAAGUGGACACACGGAAGUACCGCGCAGAGCCUAAGAGUAUUUUUGAAUACGAGCCUGGGAAGUCCUCUAUUCUGGAGCACGAAAGACCAACCUAUGAUGACAUAGAUUUAGAGAACGAGCCUUGGUAUAAGUUCUUUUCCGAGCUGGAGUUUGGGCGGCCGCCUCCUAAAAAACGGCUGGAUUAUAAUCCAGACAUCUCCGCUCGCCAGCGCAUUGAGACAUCCCUACACAUCGCUCCUGCUGACAAGGCUCCGGAGAGACCUGCGAGUGCUGCCAGCGACUACAGGAAGAGAAGGAAGUCAGAGCCAUCAAGUUCCCAAGUGAAUGCUCAGUCUCAGAGCAGAGCUGCCACUUCCCCUAAACCAGUGGAUGCCUACAGACCCAGCAGCAGCCUAAAGAAACCUGUCGUUCGUUCCUCACCUUCCUCACCCUCCAGAGCCAAAGGUGGGGACGCAUGCAACAUGUAUUCAAACAGUUUGACCUCCCCGGGUCCUUAUCAGCGCCCCUAUCUGCCCCCUGUCCCCUCUGACCCUGACCAUUGCGAUCAGGACGCCAGCCAGGAAGGCAGCUCCUCCUCCAAGCAGUCUGUCUGUUGUAAGAACAGUUGGCAGACAAAACGCCAAGAUGCUGAGAGAUGGAGCAGUGUGGAGGAGGUGCCACGCUCCCCUGUCAAGCUGAAGUCACGCAGCUGUGAUGACUUACUCAAUGAUGGGCAUUCUGGCUCAGGUGCGCGCAACGCCACCCGCUCAGAAAGUGCCGGGUCACUGGUGUGUGAUGGGAAUCCCUCAGGUUCAGCUGGAUCCUCUUCCACUCGCUCAUUGCCACGACCCCACCGGCGACGGGCACACGACUCACCGGGCUUUCUCCAGCUCUAUCGUAAAAUGCACCAGAUUGACAGAGCUCAGCUCAUCCCAUCUGAAGUCAUCCGCUCGGUCCGUGCACGCAUCCUGGAGCUGGAGCGCCAGCCUCACCUGCAUCGCCAUCGCCUCUCUCCGUGGACACCCUCUUGGGGCAUGGAGGUGCCACGCGAUAUGGUGCCAAACCGCAUUUCUGAAUAUGAGCGCCUUAUUCAGAAGUCCAAAUCCAUGCCCAACUUGGGUGAUAGUGAGGUCCCCUCAGGCACUACCACACCAGGCGGCUCAUCGUCUCGAGCCAGCAGUGGUGGUGGGGGCACACCCUGUUUUCCAAAGCGGCGUUUUUCCAUAGAAUCUUUAUUAGAGGAAGACAACAACGGCAACAGUGGAGCAGUACCUCACACCAUGGAUCACUUGCAUCGACCUCGUAGCCCGCCUGAGGGCCAGCCUCGUGGACCAGAGCGUGGGCGGUCCUUUCCUGCUCCUCCUGUCCCUCAAGGCCCGCAAGCCAACCCAGACUACUCUGACAGCGAACAAGACGCUGUUGCUUCAGACCUCAGUGACUUCAUCCAGGUGGAGGGCUCCUCGUUUUGCAGUGAGAGUGACUUUGACCAUUGCUCACUAACCUCCUCUGAGAGCUUGUACGGCUCUUCCACCCUCCACCACCACCACCUCCGUCAUCACCACCAUCACCACCACCACCACCACCCUGGUCACCAAAAUCUAGGCCAGAGCCAGGGCUACCAACACCGGCACCUCAUCAGCACCUGCAAAGGCCGCUGCCCGGCCUCUUAUACUCGUUUCACGACCAUGCUUCGCCAUGAGAGAGAGCGAGCACGGCAGGAGCACCAGAGACCUUCACAGCAGAGCAGUAACGGUAAUUCCCAAAUCCAGAGCUCACAGUCCCAGCAAGCGAUGUCCAAGCUGGCCUUCCUGGUCAGCCCAGUGCCUUUCCGCAGGAAAAAGGGCUCACCACCUACCUCUAGAAGAAUCAGUGGUGGCGGAGGUCGAGGUAGCAGACCUAAGUCCAAACAGGCCAUUUAUGAAGCACUAGAUGCAGCCUUGAGAGACAUAUAUGAGCACAUUCAAGCAGAGAGAGGCCACAGAGGCACUAGGGCACCUGAUGAUAGCAUCCUGAGGAGAAUACUGGCCGAACUGCUGCCUAACGUGCCUGAGCGAAGCUCCUCAUUGCGGGGGAGGAGGGGGUGCUGGCACGGGGGUCACUCCUCUGCAUCUUUGUACCCAGAUGGAAGCCCCACCGGGUUCGCCUCAUACAGAGAGGAUCCCUCCACACCACGGUUACAGUCACCACAGCUACAGUCACCAGUCAGUGCCUGUUACGGACGCCACUCGGACACCUCAAACAAUAACGAAUAUGGAGAGGAGCAGGGCAAUGGAAAUGGUCUCUGUUAUUCAGACCAGGAUGUCUCAAGGAGUUAUUCCACCAUGGAUGGACGCCACACACCCCAGAGUAGAAGACCUACUCCUGACAGAGAGGUCUCCCAUAAACAGAUGACACAACUUAUUCUGUUCUCUCUCCUCCAUCAGAAACAGCCCGCGAGAGCCAUUUAUGAUUUUAAGGCACAAACAGCUAAGGAGCUGACAUUUAAAAAAGGUGAUGCAGUGAAUAUCAUCAGGCAGAUAGACAACAACUGGUAUGAAGGAGAGCACCGUGGACGGGUGGGGAUAUUCCCCAUAUCGUAUGUAGAGAAGAUGCCGUCCACAGAGAAGCAGCAGCCGAUCCGUCCUCCUCCGCCAGCACACGUCAGAGAGAUCGGAGAGGCAGUGGCACGCUACAACUUCAAUGCUGACACCAAUGUGGAGUUGUCUCUCAGAAAGGGAGAGAGAGUGAUUUUGAUAAGACAGGUGGAUCAGAACUGGUACGAGGGGAAGAUCCCAGACACAACCAAACAGGGCAUCUUUCCUGUGUCCUACGUUGACAUCGUCAAGCGCUCCCCGUCCAAGAGCUCCGCCCACCACAUAGACCCACAUGGUCACCCUGGCAACAGGACACCAAGCAGCACACCCAUAAAGCCUUUCUACCAUCUACCUCCAUCCUCUACCACCCAUGACCUCCCCUCCCCUCACCCCUCGUUGAGAAGGCUUGACCUGCAAGCAAUCACCGACGAGUGGCUGUCCCUCACAAUGGUCCCUUCAGCGUCCACUCCAGCUCACUCCUUCACCACCACCCCUGUACCGCCCACUCCUCCCCCUCUUCCACCUGACCUCACACUUUUCCAAAAGGCUCUGGAGCCUAAGACACCCUCACCGUCACCUUCUCCUUCACCUGCACCAACACAAAGAAGCUUCGCUCUUCCACCCCAGAUAUUUUCCAGAACGCCACCUUUUAAAGAAGGAAGGCUCAGUUUAGGUCACACUCCAGCUGCUCUGCCUUUCUCCCAACCUCCUCCUCCUCUUCCUCCACCUCCUUCUUCUCCACCUCCUCCUCCUCCUGCCCCUCAUGUGUCACUCACCUCUCCAUCGCCUGACUCUUCUCUGCGAUACAACAGCAGCAAGGGUUUCACUGAAACAGCCCAAAUGUUAUGCAUUGCUAAGCCAGAGGUUUUGUCUUGCACAGCAGGACCCGAGCCAAUAAAACCAGUCACACAAACUCCACAGUGGCACAAGUCCACUGCACCAGUAAACAAAAGCGGCAAAUCCCCCGACAUUGAGCUGCGAGUAAAAGACCCUUAUGACGAGCUGUUGUCUAUGAUCCUGGAUGGUUCUACCAGUAAAAACAACGUUGACUUUUCAAGAUUGUCUCCGAUAGAUUCCCCACCAGCUACGCCAACCAGUGAAUCUCAGAGCAGGUUUAAGCUAAAAGACGAAGAAUCCCGUCAGCCAGCUGGGAAACCCCAAGCAGUCACUCCAGCCAGCGAAUCAGCAGGCAGCGUUCGGUUAGAGGUGCUAUUUCACAAGCCUGUGAUGAUGGAGCCGCUGUCCGUCUCCUGGGGAGAGCAGCCAAAGACUCUGAAUGAUGAUGAACCAGUCGAGUUUCAAAGGCCACCGUCGGUCAAGGGGAAGGGAUAUACUGAGUUGUUCAUUGAGGAAGAGGAUGACGCUUUAGAAGAGAAAGAGGAAGAUGUUAGAGUUUUUAAUGAAAGACUCAGUCCACAGGCUGAUGUCUCUCCUUCCACCCUGACACGACUUUCUCACCCCGGCUUCUCCUCACCCUGCACACCACCUCCUCUGACCUCCACACCUCCCCCUGCUUCUUCUUCUUCUACCUCUUCUUUUCCUUCUCCUUCGUCUUCUUCCCCACGCUCACAACAGCAUGAUCCAAACACCACCCCUCCAUCUCCCCCUUGCUCCCCUCGGCCCCCAUCCCUUCCUCACCUCACAACAUCACCCCUGCCUCAAGUCUCUCCCCCUCCACCUGCCUCACCACCUCCCCUCCACUCCUCUCACCCCUCCCCAAACGUUCUCCCACAGCGCUCUGUCUCUCAGCCAUCAAGCUCUCCCUGUCCUUCUGGUCCGCUCGCAUCCUCCCCCGACUCACAGUCGCCUUGUCCCUUUCCCACCCUGUCUCCCCCUGAACCCGCCUCUCCUCCCCUCACUACUCCUCGCUCUCCCCCGACUCCCCCCACUGUACCCCAUCCAGGACAUAGGUCUUCCAAGGUGAAGCAGGAUCCAGUUGUUGGUGGUAAACCUCCUCGUAGCCCCAUCUUGUCCCGGAGGUCCUAUCUGUCACCCAUUAGAGGUCGAAGGCGAUUAGUACAGGAUGCACUCCAUGGUGGAGGAGACCCAUACCAGGCCCUGUACAACUACAUGCCUCGCAACGAGGACGAGCUGGAGCUGAGGGAGGGAGACAUUGUUGACGUGAUGGAGAAGUGUGAUGAUGGCUGGUUUGUUGGGACCUCUCGAAGGAACAAGUUGUUUGGAACCUUCCCAGGAAACUACGUGAAGCAGCUAUAAUGAUGAUUCCAGACUCCGCCCCAGGCCCCGCCCCCUUUCCGUGACACGUUCAUCGCCCCUCGGCACAGCACCUGCAGGACCCCACCCCCCCGCCCCCCUCUAACAGUGGUCCACAGGGACCUGUCGCACAUUUAUGUGUUUGAGUGUUAUGUGUGGCUCGUCAGCUUCACACAGACAGAACAUUUAGCUCUAACUAGCCAUCUUUAAUGGAAGACUUCUAUAAAAUGAUGUUGUUUUUUUAAACGUUAUCUUUUUAUCCUUAUUUUUCUAUCAUGGAGAACCCAAACUUUGUGCUCCAGUCAGUGACCUUUAACUUUUGACAGUGAUGGAAUGACAUUAAAGGAACUUUGCAAACGCUCAUUGAUAGUGGACAGUGCAAGGCAGUGAUGCUUUUCUCUAGGUUUCAACUGUUUAAGGGCAGUAAGAUCACCACCAUCACCUUUUUCUUGUAUUUUCCGGCAGUAUCUGUAACUUAAAACUUGUUACAUUUCAUUUCAGUGUUCAAUUACAAACAUUCACAGACAUUCGGUGCAGAGAGAGCUGCACAAACAGUAUUUUGUCAGCAGGCCUGUUGUAUGAACUGUGUUGUAUGUCAGGUAAAAGGAGUUCCUUCCCAUAGUUACAUGUGGAACAGACUGUGCAUGUAUCAAUGUUAUGUGUUACCCAAUGUAUUGAUCGGUUGGUAAGAAUUUAGGAAUAUUAUGAUUCAUAAUCGAGCAGUUAUUUCAAACAUUGCAAAUGAGGAAGUGGAAGAAAUAUUAAUGACACUGUUCUACUUGCUGUCUAAACCUAAUACAUUAGUAUACAUAAGUAUAAGAUUAGAAAACACCAAUAUUUUCAACUUGUUCUUCAUCUUCACACUAGAAUUGAUGCACUUUAACAAAAUUUUAACACAAAUUUGUGUUUGUUUUAUUUCAGAUUUCACUUCAGAUUUUGUACACUAGACGUUACUAUGACAUUUGGGGCUUUUUGGGGAUAUUGGUCAAGUGUGGGAAGUGUAUGCAAAAAGGUAAACAACCUUUUAGGUAUUAUAUUUAUUAGAGGGCAAACGCUGGUCACACUAUGUGAUAAGAUUAUUUUAGGAAGGAUGGAAAAACAUGUUGCUUUUUAACACAUUCUAACAGCAGCAAACUCACAUUUGAAUGGAUUGUUAUUUUAUUGUCAAGUAUCAUUGUCCAGAUAAGUGCUGAGACUGAGGAAUAACAUGAGAGUUGAUGGGCUAUUUGGAAUUACCAGAUGUCAUGUUGUGUUAUGUUGAAUUUAUUUAAGUCAGAUACAGGAUGAGACAGGAUUUGAUCAAAAACUUCAGUCGUGUAAGUUUUUCCACUUGACUUUGGUGGCUUCUUUUAACCCUGUUGUCAGAGUGAAUAGGUAGUGUGUCACUGUUCAUGUGUUUAUAUACUAUUUGGAAUUAUCUGCAUUUUCCAUCUUAGCUCGUCAUGCUCAAUGAAUAUGAUCUUCUUUUUUUUUUUCUCAUUUUGUGUUUCACAAAGGAUGAACACUGACAACAAAACAAAUGUUAAAGCACCUUAAAAUAUAUUUUGUUUUUAUCAUUCAUUGUCCUUCAUGUCACCCCCUGUCAUCCACUAUUUCAGAUGGCGUGAGAACACUUUGUGUGUGUGUGUGUCUGUGGUGUUUUUGUAAGCCUUUUGUAUGAGAGCUGUAAAAUGGCCAACAUCCACUUGCUUUAUAAAGUCGGCUUUUUCUCACCCACCAUCA